UGAUUUUCCGCCUUUACGUCUGUCUUUCCAAAUCAAACGCAGCAUUACCAUCCCAUAUAUUCGAGUGGACUGGUGGGAGAGUAGAGGAGACGACAGGGUUUAGAGAGAGAAAGAAGAGAGAGAGAAUGUCCGGGAGUGGAAAGAGAAAGGACGACGAGGAGUUCGCCUCCGAUGACGGCGGCGGAGAUGCUCCCCCAAAGAAAACCCUGAAGAAAGACUCCUCCUCCGACGACUCCGACGACGUCGUCGUUUGCGAGAUUUCCAAGAACAGGAGAGUCUCCGUCCGGAACUGGCAGGGCAGGAUCGUCGUCGACAUUCGCGAGUUCUACGUCAAGGACGGCAAGCAACUUCCUGGCAAGAAAGGAAUAUCACUUACCAUGGAUCAGUGGAAUAUUCUUCGGGAUCAUGUGGAAGAAAUCGACAAGGCAGUUAAUGAGAACUCUUAGGAAAUUAUUGUUGUUGGUGGAGGUGCCCUUUUGAUCCUUUUGUUUAUGACAUGCAAUAUGGUACGGCUUUUAAACCAUUUUAACACCACCCCAUCAGUAGUUAGUUUGUUGUGGUGGAUAGCCUUUGUAGGAUUGUUGUCUUUUUGCUACCAGAAACUCUAGUCAGGUUGGUAGCUUGUUUUGUAUUUAGCUUGUGAAAUCAGUACUGAUGAUGUUUUAUUUAGAACUCUAGGACUAUGUUAUCAACCGAUAUAUAUACUUACUUUUUGCUGGAUAAUAUACAUGCUUACU